UAUUGUUAUAUUUGGAAAAUGAUGUUUGCGCAAAGCAUCGAAUCUAAUCAACGAAUCUAGCUCGAAUCUAGCUAGAAUCUAUUCGCUGAAAUAUUGCUCACUUUUGAAUACAUAUGUGAAAUAACGUCAAAUACAACCAUUCGUGCCUAAUAUAUUUUAAAGAAUGUGUCAACAUAUACACAGUUUCGUUCGCGAUACAGAUCGAAGUAUAUAUAAGUGUUAGGUUAAUUUCAUAUUUGAUAUACCGAUAGCAGAGGUGAUUAAAAUUAUUCCUGAUAAUAACCAUACAUUUGACGUGACAACGAUCAAUUUUAAGUUUUAUAAAAGCAAAGUUAUUCUGAUAGAAAACAAACAGUGCAAACGAAAUAAAGAAUUUAAUCGAUGCAAAAUGCAAGCAGAAGUAAACGAUAUACUGGAAAAGUCGUUGCAAAAAGCUAGGGAACAUGACAGAACUGGAAAUGUUGGAAGAGCUUAUGCGUAUUACACUAUUGUUGCGGAGCUAUGUCCUGCAAAGAGAUCAGAAAUUGAAGAAACAUUCACAGAUGUACUAUGUGAAUGGGGGAUACAAUUAGCGGAAGAUAACAGAUUUUCAGAUGUUGUACGCUGUUAUAAACAUUCCUUGGAUAUUUAUCCAAAUAAUCCUCGUAUGCUGAAUAAUUUUGCAGCACACUUGUUACGAAAUAACAAUCCUAUAAGGGCGACAGAAUAUUUAAAAAGAGCUUUGAAAGUUGAUCCUAACUUUCUACCAGCAGAACGAAAUUUACAAAAUGCAUAUAGUAUGGCAGUGGACAGGUGGCACUUUACGAUGCUUAAUGACAAGUGGAGAAAUAAUGCUUUUGAGAGAGCUAUAUGUAAGAGAAUCAAUCAAGGAUAUGAUACAGUGUUGGAUGUAGGAACUGGUACAGGUCUUUUGAGUUUAUAUGCAAAAACUGCAGGAGCUACAAAGGUGUAUGCAUGCGAAUGUUCUGAAAUAAUGACAUUAAUUGCAAAAGAAGUAUUCGAAUCUAACAACGCAACCGAUAUAAAAUUAAUACCAAAACUAUCAUUUGAUCUUAAAAUACCUUUGGACAUUUCAGAAAGAGUAAAAUUAAUAGUGACUGAAACAUUUGAUGCUGGCUUAUUUGGAGAGCUUGUAGUACCAUCUAUGAUUAACGUACACAUGAACAUUUUAGAUAUGAAUGGUAUGGUAAUACCUAUGGGUGCCACCGUUUACACAGCAGCUAUUGAGUGUGAACACAUUAGAUACAGAUCAUCGGUAGUUUUUGAUAGAAUAAAAGAUAGUACUUUAAAUUUUAACAAAGUUUCUAUAUUAUCAGACGAUGAAUAUUAUGAUACAGAAAAUCUGGAAAAAGUUCAAAUUAAUUAUGUCACAGAGCCACAAAUUCUCUUUAAUGUAAAUUUUAACAAUUUGUUACAAUUGCAAGAAUUCUACAAAGAUGGAAUAAAACAAAUGUUACAAGUGAAAUGUAGAUAUGAUGGUAUCAUAGAUGGUCUAGUUGCUUGGUUUAAGUUACAUCUGGAUGAGGAAAUCACAUUGGAUUCCUCGGAUGGAAAGUCUUGUUGGCAACUUGCUGUUUUUCCGGCAAUACCUGUUGUAUGCCACGAAGGCGAUAUCUUGACGAUAAAAGCAGAAACAUCGAAGAGUAAACUAAAAUGUUCUUAUAGCACAGGCAAUGCGCAAUCCAGCGAGGAUUGUAAAUUUUUAUAUCGUUUGGCAAAAGAAGUCAUUGUCUUUUUAAAUGACUUUAAUUAUGUCAAAUUGCUCACAGAGGUUGCUAGAUAUCAAGAGAAUAAAAAGAUAAAAUAUAUUUUGGAUACUUCGCCUUUUCCAAUUUACGGGUUAACGUUAUUAAAAGAAUGUAAAGAUAGUGAAAUUUUAUAUUACAAAACUGACAACGAAAUUCUUCGUUUUCUGAUUGAACAAAUAGCCCGAGAUAGCGGGCUUCGAGGAAAAGUGCAUAUGAUAUCAAAUUAUGAUGAAAUUCCAUGCUCCUUAGACUCUGUAUUUGUUCAUAAUUUUGACAUUAAAGGCGAAUUGAAAGACGAUCAGGAUAGUUGUUAUGGAAUUUUCAGGCACUUGCUUAAACCAAAUGGUGUAUUAUUGCCAGAAAAAAUUUUUCUUAUGGGACAAUUAGUGUACUCAGAAGAUUUACCAAACAUGGUUUAUGUGCAAGAUGUGAACCUUCAGAAAUCAUCCAAUACUUCUAUUUGUAUUGAUGAUGAUUUGAAAAGUUCAGAUAAUGAAGACAAUCCACAUUCGCGGAAUAAUACAGCCAAUAAAGUAAAUAAAAGUACAAACUAUAUAGUCGCAGAACACAUUAAUAAAUAUAAGAUCAAUCAAAUAUUUGAUUUGAAUUCGAGUUUAUAUUCAUGUGAGAUCAUGUCUGAGGCACAAACACUGAUAGAAAUGAAUGGAACGGAGACUACUGAGGCAGUCGUGAAUUUUGGGCAAAUGAAUAGCACAAAAAGGAAAACUUUACCAAAUGCCUUAAUAUGCUGGUACAAGGUUCAGCUCAGUUCACAACAUAUACAUGAUACAAAGAAGAAUGACUCUUUUAUGAAUCAUACCGCAAUCGUUUUUGAAGAUGAACUAAGAAACAUUAUUUUGAAAGAUAAAGAAAUAAAAAUUAAAGUCCACCAGAUGAAAGGUUUAGUAAAAAUUACAGUAUUAAAUUUGUAAAAAAUAUACAAAAAAGAAUAAACUAUUUUAUAAUUUUGUACAAUUUCUUACAAAAUACGAUUUUUAUAAAAUAAUUUUUGUUUUUAAUACAUUUUAAACCAUCUUUUUUACACUUUUUUUGCAAAAUAUAUUAAUAUACGUGUAUAUUGUGAUAAAACUUACAAUAUAUAUUCAUAUAUUGUAAUCUACAUUAAAAGAAACUAUUAAAAUAAUAUAGCUGUAUGAUGUACUGUACAAAAUAAAACUAUUUUUGUCAAGUUGAAAUA